AUGUCUUCUUCCGCUGAUGCUAUGCUCUCUGCCCUGGACGAUCUGGACAGAUGCGACAUCGCUACACUAUUGCAUCAUCUGCUCCCCCGCCUCGACAGUCUUGAAAAUGCCUGCCAAACGCUUCUGGAAAGGACUGCUCCGAAGUCCAUCUGCCUAUUUUGCACUGUGGACGAGAAUCGUGACAAUCACCAUUCCGGGAGAUGUCCACGGUUCCCGGAUCCAAUCUCCAAAACAGCACAGGCGACAAAGCUGAACCUGCGCCUCCUCUGCCUAAAAGCGGCACACGAGGACACAUGUGGAGUGAAGUGUGGAAGUUGUGGCCUUGGCCACAAUUUUCUACUUCGCACCUCCAAAAGACAAAGACCGCAGCCACCCACGAAGCGGCCAUACAAGAAGUAA